AUGGCUAAACCACCACUAUGCGCCAGCUUGAUUGAAACUAUUAAAGGAGCUUCAACAGUGGAACGCUUCAUCGAGGAGUUAAAUCGAGCCAGAGAUCUUCAAGCUGUUUUAGGAAAGACCGAGCUAUCAAGAUGGGCAGAUGUGUUAAAUCGAUGCGAUGAGAUCUUAGAAGAUGCGACUGUCAUCCAAGAUCAUGAAAUGAAGGUCGAUCGAUGCGCGAUCACAAAGUACCGUACAAUUUCGAUUCUUCGUUUCACGGGCCUUCUGUUUGACUGCACAUCAACAAGAAGAAUAUAUGCGAGCACAGAUCGAAUCAUUCGAUUGACAGAAUGUACUGAUAUGGAUCUCGUCGGUGAAGUGUUGAGACUACUGCAGACCAUCAGCAAACGAUCCAAAUUCCUCACACAAAGGCUGUGUCCAGAAGAUCAAGCCUCUCUCGUAAUGAGUCUCACAGCAAUGGCACAAUGCUGGGGAGGCAAACUGCGAAAUUUGAAGAUGGAGGAUUGCGUUCAUGAAGACGUAAAACUACCGCCGCUGUUUCCAUUUACUUUCACUGACAGUAAAGCGAAACAUACUAUGAUCUUCGAGCGCCACAUGGUGGAUCAGCCUCUGCUGAAAGUAGUAGAUGAAUUUGCCAAAGGAAUGACACCUGAAGACAGAUAUAGUUUGCUGGCUAGAAUACGAAUGCUGCGCCAUUUUGAAUAUCGCGAGCACAGGAUGCAGUGCUUAAUUGUGCGACUCCUGUCUAUAUCAACUCUAAUUUAUUGCCGUUGCCAGCCAGAUGACGUUCAAAUAAGUGCUUUAUUGUAUAGUGGAUUUAUUGAAGAAGCCGUCGCCUUGUUAAAAGUUGAUUUGAAUUCCCAUGAACUUAUGGAUCCGAUACAGACGGAAGCGUUGCGAAUGCUCUGCAGCGUUGUUUCCUUGGAGAAAGCCAGCAGGACAUCACAGAUUCUGGACGUACUGAGUGCAGGAUCAUAUCAUGGUUUCCUUGCUGUGUUUACAAGAAAUAUAGUAGAAGAUAUGAAGCGCAAUGCGUUAAAUACGCCCGGGAAGCCGAGUGUUGCGUUGAGUACAGCAUUACUGUCGUUCAUUUACCAUCUCAGCAACAAUGAUCCUGGUGACGCUUGGCUGAGGCGUGAUUUCCAUUCAUGUCUUCCACUCGAUCAGGCAACGUUGGCUACACGUUGUACUCGUAUAACUGACAACUUCACUACGAUCGAUGUCACAGGCUUCAACAAUUGCAAAGGAAUGGACAUCUGCAUCGACCGUCUGAUUUACGAGGUAGAUGAGUGCAGAAAGGAGCAGCCAUUUGUCAUUGAUACCAGUGGAGAUGUUGAUGAUGACAGUGUUGGAAGCGUUUUCGUACGCGCACCUGUAAUUGGAAAAACAUGCCAUCCACAGCGAUCUGGACUGAUUAAGGCCCUUAUCACAUUCAUCAAGAGAGCUAUCCAGGAUACUCAGUUCCAAGAUAGCGUUCGACAUAUUAUGGAAGGACAAUUGCCUGAUGCGUUGAUGCACAUAAUCAGCAAUUCGGAGUACUACUCGGCAUCU